GGACUCUGCAUCCAUGGGAGCUGGGGGAGGAGUGAGGCUCCUGAGUCCCAGCAUCAACACCAACCAGAACGUGUGCCUGAGCUUCUGGUACCACAUGUACGGCGAUGAACUUAUGACCCUGAACGUGCACGUGCUGGAGGACGGCGUAGAGAGACGCGUGUGGCGUGCGGAGGGGCAGCAGAGCAGCGCCUGGCUGCAGGGAACCGUCACCAUCCAGGCCAAGCCAGACACCCAGGUCACCAUCGAGGGCGUUCGAGGACAGAGCAGGAUGAGUGACGUAGCGCUGGAUGACAUCGUCGUCGUGAUGGGGAAAUGCCCAGAGUGUGUGAGCGGAUGUGAUUUUGAUGAGAUGGGGGACUUCUGCGGCUGGGAGAACAGCGGAGGGGACGUGGGCUGGGAGCAUUGGAACGGUCCCACAAACACUGAGAACACUGGGCCUGACGAUGACUUCUCUCGGCCUGGCUUUGGGAAUUACCUGCUGCUGGACUCUGAGUACAACGACCCUGGAACGGUGCUGCUGCUGGAGAGUCCGGCUCUCCGCUCCUCUGGGUGCCUCGUCCUGAGCUUCCACUACUUCCUGUAUGGGUCAGCAGAGAACAUGGCCAUCAACGUUUACAUCAAGGAAGGAGGCUCCAGCCGGCAGCUCGCGUGGUCCCUGCAGGGGAACCAGGGAGCGAGCUGGAUGCUGGCGCGGGUCGAAUUUUCUGGCAGAGGACCUGUGCAGGUAAGUGAGCGGUCCUGGUGUGUGUGUAGUGGAAUAACGCGUGUGGGCUUUUGCCAACAGUGUGCACGCAUGUGUGAGCGGCAGACAGUGAGGUCAUGUCAGGGCAAACAGGUGCUGUGAGAAAGCAAUCCAAGAGAGAGACGACCAAUUAAGAUGCAUAGCAGUGAUUGGCUGGCUGCAAAUGCAGACACGUUGUAGGCGCCUGGGAGUCUGGAGAUGGAGGCGAUAAGCGUGGCAAAGACAAGCGUGAGCAGCGGCUUAAUGAGGGCUACCUGGGGUCUCUUAAUGAGUAAGGGAAUAUAAGGCGAUGUGCGGAGACACGAGGGAGUGGUUGUAAGUUGAGUUGGUUGGAGUGAAGAGAAGAGGAGAGACGAGAGAAGUGGGGGGCCCGCUCUCCACACCUCGUCCUCUCCAGCGGUGCUGGCUGAUCUCCCACUGGAGGCAAGAGUUUGGAGAAGUGAGGGCAAACGAACUAGCAGUAGAGA